GCAAAGAAUUAUGGCAGCGCCCUAUCAAACUUCCGGUUAAUUAUGAUCGGCCAAAUUUCACUGAAAUUACUUAAUAUUUUCCAAAUUUACAUCGAUUUUUAUUUGCUAUAAGAUGCAAUAGCUUUUUUCUAAACGAACUAAAAUAUUUGUAACUACUAUGAAUCCUGUUAUCCCACCAAAACCUGAUGCUUAUAGUCAACCCUUACCAAGAUCUUCAAGAAUAUCAGCUCCUCCUGUCUUAGAAAAAGAAAGGAAUCACCCGUUGACACCAGAGAGACGAAAGCCACCUCCUCUACCUCCGAGGGAAUCUAGAUCUGAUGAAUGUUCAGUUAAAGAAAAUAUUCUCCUAACAGAAUUAGAGGAAACAAGAACUCGAGCUAAUCAAAUGGAAAAGACCAUGAAGUGGUGGGCUGAUUGUACCAAUCAGUGGCGUUCAAAAUGGUCACGUAAGCAUUCUGAUUAUAAAAAAUUAAAGGAUGACUAUAAAAAGUUAAGGGCUAGAUAUGAAGCAGUCACCAAAGACAACAAAUUCAAGCAGGAUUUAUCAAACAGCUCUGUUAAUGUGUUAAACACUUCCACUGGAAGGAGUUUGCAUAAAGACGAAGAAAACGUAGACAGAAUCUCAAAAAGCUCUUUGAAAUCUCUUGAAGAUCUACCUACUGAUCCUAAACCAGAAACCACUAGUCCGUCGCACAGAAGUCGCAGUAGAGAAAGUAGAACCGAUAGCUCGAAAUCAAGCUCUAAAUCAGAAUUUUCUGAUAAAAAAAAUAGUAAUGAUGAUUUUUCUCAGCUAAAAGUAAAAUUGGAUCAAGCUGAACGAUUAUUAGAAGCAGACCAACGAGAAAAGGAAAUUCUUACAACAACUAUUAGUACUUUACAGAAAGACCUGAUUGCUUUAAAGAAAAAAUAUGAAGAUUUAAAGCAUAACAACCAAAAAACAAAUAUCGAUAAAUUUUCUGAAACGUCCACCGACAAUGAAAGCGACUUGCAAAAGACAGAGGAAAAAAUUAAUAUUUUACGAGAACAGCUUGUUGCUGCUCAAAAAGAGAGUGCUGAUGAAUAUAGCAAGCGUGAGCGACUGGAAAGUGAAAAAAUAGCAAUCGAACGAAAAAAUAAACAAUUACUGAAUGAUGUAUCCGCACUCGAGGAGAGCCUUCAACGUCGUAUUUCCUUGUCUGAAAAUCAUGACAAGCAAAUCCAAUCAUUAACAGAAGAACUCAACACAAAAGCCAAAGACAACGCUCAAUUAAAACAUUCAAAUUCAAAGUUGAAAUCCUCCUUGCAAGAGAAAAAACAGGAUCUUGAGCAUUCUAAUAAGCGUGCAGAACAAUAUGAAACUGAAGUUAAACAUCUACGUUUACGUGUAGACGAACUUAAGAUAGAAUUGUCACAAUCACAAAGCGAUGUUUGUAAAACAAAGUACUCAUACAUAAAGCUAAUACUCUCCUUAAUUUUAGGUUGAUAUGCAAUCAAAUCAGGUUCGAAGGCUACAAAGUACAAACGACGAAUUACAAGUUCAAGUUGAAAAUCUACAAGUUCAAGUGAAGCAUUUGGAAUCAAAAAUACUAUGUGGGAAUGCCUCCCUUCAAUCUUCCAGAUCGUCAAGUUUGAAAGGCUUUACUACAGCUUCAACUGAUCCAAGCGAAGAUGAAGUAGCAUAAUCUAUAAUAUAUUUCCUAUUAAGUGUUUCUUUAAACAAUCAACAAAACAUGUUUGUUAAAUUGUUAUGCAUUGUUAUUAGUCUUACUAUUUACACUUAUUUAAAUUUUUAUUAGCAAAAAUUUUUGACGCUGAUAAGUUUUCAUAGUUGUCUACAUUUCUAAUUUGGAAGAUUUGAGACUAUUUAGGGGUUAUUUCAUGUCUACACAAGAUUUAUAGCAUGAUAAUCGCCUCGUAACUAAUGUCCAUUCAAAAUCGAAGCAAUAAGUAUUAAACUGAUUAAAGUCUUUGCAUUGUUGUUCAGUUCGACGAAUGAAAACUUGUUGCUGCAUGUUUACUUAUACCACACGGUCGCUUUAAUAAUAGAUACAAGUUAUUGUAUGAAGAAAUAUGUCCUCAUUCAGUUGGACAGUCGUCUUUCCAUUGUUCUCGUUAUAGGACAAAGGAAUCGCCUACUUUAUUCUUUAAUAACUGAACAAUGGAUAAUUACCUUAAUGAUUUGCUCUGUUCAAACAAUCGAGAAAACAUAGUUCAAAUAUCUUAAUCUGAACCCAGAAUAUUAUAUUUUAAAAUCUGUACUACUGAUAUAUUGGCAGAUCACAGAUAAUUGAGAAUAUUUAAAGCUGUUUAAGUAAACUCUCAAAGAGUAAAAGCCACAAAAAAAUCGUAAAAUCCUAUCGAAUUUAGAGUUGAAGAAAACUGCUGUCAGUCAUGAAGAAAAUUGACAGCAAAUUGGGAGGAGUCGAUGAAUAAUUCAUACUAUAGAGGCGGUUUCGAAAUAAUUUACGACAAGAUCAUUGAACAAUUUUAUCGAUUUACCUGCUGAACAAAGAUUGAUUCUGAGCAUACGUAAUAGCGCAAUGGCCAACAAGUGCACGAAAUCAACACAAUAUUGAGCACUUAUUAAAAAGCAAUCAUCAAUUUGCGCCAGACUUCAUUUUUUAUUUUAUCCAAAUAUGAAUCAAUUUAUAACUGGAUAAAAAGUUAGACAACCACACCCUAAUACAGCAAAUAAUGUCAAAUUGUUUGCCACGCUCAUCCACCUGUGUACAGAUGCAGAAAAUCCUAUUCAUUUAUUGACUUUAAAAACACCGCUCGACAUUCAAACACAAACUUUCCAUCAAUUUCGUUAAAGGGAGCUAGGAUGCAUUAACAUACUUUAUUCGAUUACAUAGGAUAGCUCCUUAUUACCCUAAUACUCACCUGGCGACAAACAAGUGACUAUCAUGUAAAAUGCAUGCCCAGUAUGGGUAUCGUUUGUCAAGCGUAUAUCCUAAAGUAAUAAACAACUAACUAUUAUAUAUGUAUAUAUAAACUUAGACCAUUAUGAAUCCUGAGAUGUAUUGACUAGUCAAUCAACUGAUUAUUCGUUCGGCAACUACAAAGUUUCAGUAGCGUAUGCGUCAGUUGUUGAAUUGUAAUAAGACAAAAACGAUUGUAGUGCUUUGUAAUUUCAAAAGAAAUUGUUCGUGAAUAUUGUCAAGAAUUUUUCAAGCAAACAGUUGUACAUUCACGAGAAGAAUUAAAAAGUGGAAAAUCGAAGAAACAUCUUUUGAUAGCUUGCUGAUUGUAUUGUAUCAUAUAAAUUCUUAACGUUACAUUGUUUGGAAGGCACGUUGCGCAUUAUAUCUGUACAAGGUUUGACUUUUACUGAAAUACCAUAAUCCUCUAGUCAUCUUACAAUACAUUUUUAUGCGAUACGGCACAUUUAUGAAUAGAAUAAAAAUGUUUAGAGAUUCAAUACUAGAUUAUAAACAGACUAUAACAUAUAAUUAUACAUGAAUCGCACCAAUAAAUAGCUAGAGUUAGACUUAAAGUUAAUAUACAAUAUAUAUAUAUAUAUAUAUAUAUAUACAUAUAAUAUA